AUGCGCCUGAUCAACGUCCGAACGAUCCAGUUGGAAGAAUUCCACAGCGCUCGAGUUCCCAAAUAUGCCAUCCUUUCGCAUAGAUGGGAGUCCGAAGAAGUCACAUUCCAGGAUAUGAGCGCUCCCAAAAUCUUUGGCAAGAAAGGCUACGGGAAAAUUCAAUCUGCCUGUUGGCUUGCCCGCAACAAGGGCCUAUUAUAUCUCUGGGUCGACACCUGUUGUAUUGACAAAACCAGCUCGUCCGAACUGACGGAAGCCAUCAAUUCGAUGUAUCGAUGGUAUGCCGAAGCUGAAGUUUGCUUUGCCUUCCUCACAGACGUGGAAAUCCACAAGCAUGAAAUCUCUUCCAGCGUAUGGUUUACCAGAGGCUGGACGCUGCAGGAACUCAUCGCACCGAAGCAUGUCAGUUUUCACGAUCGAAAUUGGGUGUUUCUGGGGACCAAGGACGAUCUUGCCGGAUAUCUUGCUCAGGUUACGGGGAUUGAUUUGGACGUGCUCGUGGGGAUCCGCCGUCCGUCAAGUUGCUCAAUUGCACAGCGGAUGUCAUGGGCCUCGAAGCGGAAAACGGAACGUCUCGAGGACCGGGCAUACAGUCUUUUGGGAAUUUUCAACGUCAGCAUGCCCAUGUUGUAUGGCGAAGGCGAACGAUCUUUCACCCGUUUGCAAGAAGAAAUCAUCAAGCACUCUGACGACCAUUCCAUAUUUGCCUGGGAUCGCGGAUUGAAGGGAUAUUUCGCCGGCCACAGUGGUCUUUUGGCGACGUCACCGUCGCAAUUCUCCAUGUGUCAAAAUGUGGUGCGUUCUUCGAAAGGUCUGGUCAGUACCGGGGGGUUCUCCAUCACCAAUGUGGGAUUGUCCAUUCAGUUGAUCACCAUGCCUUGGGGGAUGGAAACCUAUCUUUCAGUCCUCAAUUGCACGCUGAAAGGCUAUCCGGAGCACCGACUCGGUAUUUUUCUCGAGCGACUGUCUUCUUCGCAGGACGAAGAACAAUUUGCGCGGGUACAAUAUGAUGGAGCCACUGUUCAGCCCAUACCGGUGGAGAUGGUGCUGAAAGAUUCCCAACGUCGAACCCGACGCGUCCACGUUCGACAGACCAUCAUUGAUGCUCCUCUUCGUCGGUGGCACGGAUUUCGACUCCAUGACCUCGACUUACCGGGAUACACCGCAGAGGAACUCCUGCAGAUGAGCCUUCAUUUCAGAGACUCCUUACGUCCCAUGACUCGAUACAGCCCGGAGGAAAUCCAUUGGGCCAAAAAUCUUUCUCCUCAUGGAUUCGCCGGCCUCCCUCGAAGGCCUGUUUUCUUUGGGAUGCCACGGGGUCGAGGCACCGUGGCAAUCAUCUAUAUCCCCCCACAGCGGCAGGACAAAAACGGGGAACGGAUCUGUUGGAUCAAAUUCGGCUUCGAUCAAGAAUUCUCGCCUAUGUGCAUAUUUGGCCGGAGACGGUCGCUGUGGGGCGGAAACGCCGCCCAUCUGGCCGUGGACGCCGAGUCUUUUGCGGCAGCUGAGAGGUCUCCCGGCGAACACGCGCUGCUAUUCAGGAACGAUUGGAUUGUGAAAAACUCGAGUUGUGUCAACACCAAGGACAUUGCAGCGCUUUGGCGAAGUCGAGAUUUUUGCAUCCUUCGGGGACACAGGGACCGAGGACUCGAUGCGAAAAUCCCAUUUUUGAAGGUUCGUAUCUCGAUAAAAUUGGAAGGGAUCCCAGCAGAUUAUGCCCCCGAUAUCAGACCGCCGGACUCGUUGGUGGCAGGCAUGAACGUUUGGACGAUUAAUGUCAGUUCUUGGAAAGAUCCGAAGGGAAACGAGGGAGUGAAAACCGCGUUGGGAGCGUCGGAGUUCGUCUUACGGUCUUUGGAUAUGUUUGCUUGA